UUAUUUGCUAUAUCAACAGAAAAUAUAUUUAAUUUUAAAUCAUUUCCUGGUUAUUUGCUUCACGAUAUAUAUAGUUAGCGACUCUCUAGGGUUUUGCUGUCACGAGGUAUUAACUCGGGCGAUUUGGAGAACCAAAGCCUCCAUCUUUAGGCAUCAACAUGACUCAAAGCAAGAAGAAAGUUAACUGGUCAGAGCUUUGUCCGGAGAUGGUGCGAUGUGUUUUCGAACGACUGAGUUUCACAUGUCUAAAACGAGGAAGAUCAGUCUGUUCUUCGUGGCGCACUGCUUUGAGAGGCUGCGUCCCAAAACGUAAUCAGAUCCCAUGGCUGAUUCUCUUCCCUCGAAAAAACAAUAACAACAGGAGUAGUAGUUGCGUGUUGUUCGUUCCAGAGGACAGAGACAAUGCAUACAGAACCAGAGAUCUAGGUGCUGACUUUGUUAAGAGUAGCUGUGUUGCUACUUACGGAAGCUGGCUACUGAUGUUGGACACUCGUUGGAAUCUCACUAUUUUGAAUCCUUUAACCGGUGAGAGGAUUGACUUACCAACUACUGACUAUGCUCGAUACCAACGAUACCAACGACUUGAUGAUAUAAAACCUCGAGACCUCGUAGCUUGUCUGUGGAUAGACGACAGAAGCAAAGAUUACUUAGUUGUCUGUAAAAUGGACAACCUUAUCUUUACCAAGAAAGGGAACCACUCGUGGCGAUCCAUCUCCUCUGGAAAAGGGCUCUACAAACAAAUGGUAUACGAACACACAUCCCAAAAGCUCUACGCUCGUAGUUACUACAAUAUUCUUGUCCACGUCUGGUCUUUCUCUGGAGAUGAACCACAGCAAGUCUCCGAAGAGUUGUAUCUGAAUGAGGAGGAGUUUAAUUUGCAAGAUUAUGUUGACAGCAGGGUGUACAUUGCAGUCAGUACAGUCUCUGGACAAGUUUUGAAGGUAGCUAAUUUGUUGCACAAGUCCAAACGAUGGCUCUUUCACGUCUACAAGAUGCACGCAGUUGAGCUUACUUGGGAAGUAGUCGACUCUCUGGGCGAUGAGGCGUUGAUAAUAGACAUGGGUAUCACUGUUGUAGCCAAAGACGUUCCAGGGAUCAAGAGGAACUCAAUCUACUUUAGUGGUCUCCAUAAUGGGAACAGUAAUCCUGACCGUAUAUUCGUGUUUGAUCUCACCACCCACGAGAUUGAACCUUUGCCUCAGUGUGUUCUCUCCUCCAUUCGUUUCUCCGAUGCUCGUUGGUUCUUCCCCGGUCUAGACGUUUAAGUCUAACUGUGCAAUUGCUUCCUCAUGUCUUAGUUUAUUUUUGCUUCUAAAUAUAGAACGGUGAUUCACUGUGUCAUGCCAGAGUCUUUGUUGUUGAGAGUGUUGUUAGUCUCACAAUUCUAUGCAAUCAUAACUAUCAACUUAAA